ACGGAAAGUUGCGUACGGUGAUUUGCUGAAAUGUCCCUCAAUUUCUCACCACUCACAAUUCCUAUUUUCUUCCCAACUAAACACCUUUAAUUACACACACCAUCUCUUUCUUCUCUCGAACCCUAAUUUCAAUUCCUUUCAAUAUUCUUACCCCUCGUAAAGUUUUAUUGUUGGUGAUUUUCAAGUAGAAAUGGAACAGUCUUGCUGCACAUGGACCUGGUCCUAGGGAAGAAGGAUUGACUUCCAGGGCUGGAUGCUGUGUUGUUUCUAAACUGGAUUGGAAGUGUCAAAACAGAGUCUGAUGGGGGCUAUAUUGAGUUGUAGGGCUAGAAAUUGUGAGCUCUAUGAAAUUUCACAGGGUGAAGCCUGCAAAAGGCAAAGGACGUCUUCAAGUUUUUACGAGGAGAACCCACGUCUAAUUCCUAGCCUUCCCGAUGAGAUAUCGAUCCAAAUUCUCGCCAGACUUCCUAGAAUUUGCCACUUAGGUGUAAAAUCGGUCUCACGGAGCUGGAAAGCUGCCAUUGUGAGUCCUGAACUUUAUAAGGUCAGAAAAGAGCUUGGAACAACUGAAGAGUGGCUCUAUGUUUUGACAAAGGUCGAAGAUGAUAAACUUAUGUGGUAUGCUUUGGACCCACUGUCCAGGAAAUGGCAAAGGCUGCCACCAAUGCCCAAUCUCAACGGAGAAGAAGGAUGUAAGAGGGGCCUAUUAGGCCUUCGGAUGUGGAAUAUGGUGGGAUCAAGUAUCAGAAUUGCAGAUGCCAUAAGGGGCUGGCUCGGGAGGAAGGAUGCAUUGGAUCGAAUGCCGUUUUGUGGUUGUGCCGUUGGGGCUGUUGAUGGCUGCAUAUAUGUGCUAGGGGGUUUUUCUAGAGCAUCGGCCAUGAGUUGUGUCUGGUGUUACGAUCCAAUUCUAAACAGGUGGACCGAAAUGAGUCCAAUGUCAAUAGGUAGAGCUUAUUGUAAGACAGGUGUCUUAAACAAAAAACUUUAUGUUGUUGGAGGGGUUACCAGGGGUCGUGGAGGACUAACCCCUCUUCAGUCUGCUGAAGUUUUUGAUCCUUGUACUGGCCUAUGGUCGCAAGUCCCGAGCAUGCCAUUUUCAAAAGCUCAGGUGCUGCCAACAGCUUUUCUGGCUGAUUUGCUUAAGCCUAUUGCAACUGGAAUGACAUCAUAUAGAGGAAAAUUAUAUGUACCUCAGAGUUUGUAUUGCUGGCCAUUUUUUGUUGAUGUUGGAGGCGAAGUUUACGAUCCUGAAAAUAACUCAUGGGUUGAAAUGCCAAUUGGCAUGGGAGAGGGUUGGCCUGCGAAGCAGGCAGGAACCAAAUUGAGUGUUAUUGUGGAUGGUGAUUUGUAUGCGUUGGAUCCAUCAACUUCUUUGGAUAGUGCUAAGAUCAAAGUAUAUGAUCAUGACGAUGAUGCUUGGAAAGUGGUUGCUGGAGAUGUCCCCAUCCGUGACUUCACUGAUUCAGAGUCUCCUUACCUACUUGGCGGCUUUCUUGGGAAGCUUCAUGUGAUCACAAAAGAUGCAAAUCAUAACAUUGCAGUCAUGCAGGCUGAAAGACAUAAUGAUUCAAGUUCCUUGCCAUCAACUUCAUCAACUCCUUUAGAUGAAUCCUCCAACUCGGCAGGCUCUGAGUCGAAUGUCUGGAAGGUCAUUGCCACUAGGCGUGCCGGUUCUGAGGAAUUGAUCAAUUGCCAGAUUCUUGAUAUCUAGAAUUAUAUUAUGCAUGAAAAUUCAGCUCCUAAAAUGUUUUUUACCAGUAAAGUUUGUAUUUCGUAAGUUUGAUUGAAUUUUAUCAUUUGUUUGUUGCCUGGAGUGACAAUUGAUAUAUAUAUUUGAUAGGGGUUGCAUGUUAAUUUUAUGGUAUUGUAAAGGAUCCAUGAUUCUGCUGAUCAUUUUCCAGCAUUGCUGUAGAAAUUGACUGCAUAUUUUCAUAUGAAUUGUGUAAACUCCAA